GGAACCAAAUCCAGCGCGCCAAAGACUUCUGUUGUGCCCGGUUGUGCCACCUUGCUUUUGCACCGUACAUAUCAAGUUUAUUGUCAUGGCAUCGACUAACAAAGUGCCUUUAGAACAAAGGAAUCUACCCUGGGUAGAAAAAUACAGACCGCAGACUCUUGAUGACUUGAUCUCCCACAAAGAUAUUCUGACCACAAUCCAAAAGUUCAUUAGUGAGGACAGACUGCCCCACUUGCUUUUCUAUGGGCCACCUGGAACUGGAAAAACAUCAACCAUUCUUGCCUGUGCUAAACAACUUUACAAAGAGAAAGAAUUCAACUCCAUGGUUCUUGAGCUAAAUGCUUCAGAUGACAGGGGUAUUGAUGUCGUACGAGGGCCCAUCCUGAGUUUUGCGAGCACCAGGACCAUUUUCAAGAAGGGCUUUAAAUUGGUGAUAUUGGACGAGGCUGAUGCGAUGACCCAGGAUGCCCAGAAUGCGUUGAGGAGAGUCAUUGAGAAGUUCACGGAGAACACCAGGUUCUGUAUGAUCUGCAACUACCUGUCGAAGAUCAUCCCUGCCCUCCAGUCCAGGUGCACGCGCUUCCGUUUCGGCCCGCUCUCUCCAGACCAGAUGGUCCCACGCCUGGAGCACGUAAUCCGCCAGGAGAACGUGGACAUAACACCAGAUGGCAUGAAGGCUGUGGUGACCCUCUCGGGAGGAGACAUGAGACGCUCACUCAACAUUUUACAGAGUACGAGCAUGGCCUACGGGAAGGUAACGGAGGACUCUGUCUACACCUGCACUGGGCACCCUCUCAGGGCUGACAUCGCCAGCAUCCUGGACUGGUCUCUCAACAAGGACUUCACCACCGCCUACAACUUAAUUUUGCAGCUGAAAACUCUGAAAGGGCUGGCUCUCCAUGACAUCCUGACUGAAGUCCAUCUCCUAGUUCACAGAGUUGACUUCCCUCCUACUAUUCGAAUGGGGUUACUCAUCAAGCUGGCUGAUAUCGAGUAUCGUCUGGCUUCAGGGACCAGUGAGAAGAUUCAGCUGAGCUCAAUGGUUGGAGCUUUUCAAGCCGUCAGAGACCUGGUGGUCAGUGAAGCUUCAUAAAUUAGCAAGAAACACUUUGGUCAUUGGAUCUUUGCCCUCAGCUUUAGACAGUAAACUUUCUAAACAGCAUUUUAUUUGUAAACAGCAAUCUUGCCAAUAGAAACGGCAGAACAGACCUGGACAAAGUCACAUUUAACACAUGUACAGAAUCAUUUGUGUAAAGCAUACAUACAUUCAUCAGAAGUAAUAAAUAAAUAGAUUUUUUUUAUA